UUACAAAGUCAACGCGACGUCGCAAUGAUUUCAGAAAUGAUCCACUCGGCAUCCCUGGUACACGAUGAUGUCAUCGACCAGAGCGACUGCAGGCGGGGAAAACCCUCAGUGAACGUGCUGUGGAAUCAUAAAAAGGUUGCAAUGGCAGGAGACUUUAUAUUGGCAGUCGCCUCGAUGAUGAUUGCAAAAUUAAGAAAUGAUGACGUAACACUUGUGUUGAGUCAGGUAAUUACGGAUUUGGUACAAGGUGAAUUUAUGCAACUGGGAUCAAAGGAAACUGAAAACGAACGAUUUGCACACUACCUCACAAAAACGUACAGGAAAACAGCAUCUCUGAUAGCCAAUAGCGUCAAAGCGGUUGCCAUGUUGGGUGGUGCAGACCAGGAAACCUGUGAAGCAGCCUACCAGUAUGGAAGAAAUGUUGGUCUGGCCUUUCAAUUGGUGGACGAUCUCCUGGAUUUUGUCUCCAGUUCGGAUGCCAUGGGCAAACCUGUGGCAGCAGACCUGAAAUUAGGAUUGGCAACCGCCCCUGUACUAUUUGCAUGCGAAAGGUUUCCAGAGCUGAAUCCGAUGAUAAUGCGCCGCUUCCAGGAACCAGGAGACUUCGAGCGCGCCUUCGAAUUAGUCCACAAAUCCAAUGGCCUGGAGCAGACCAGGUUUCUGGCCAGGAAACACUGCGUCGAAGCCUGCAGACAAUUGGGAAAAUUGGCAGAUUCGCCUUACCAGAAGGCCCUGGGAGUGGUCAGCGAUCUGGUCAUCAAUCGUUUGAAAUAGUACAGGAGCUGGUGGCGGAGGAGCAGAGUGGUGAUGGUGGAGCUGAU